GUUCCGUUUCCGGUGUAAACAAACAAACCAACAUGGCGACUUUCACAGACCAGUAGAAGUUAUGAGAAUGUGUUGACCCUGAACAUAUUAUAAUGACUGAACCGAGGAGUGAGGGGGGUUUACUUUGCUACUACUGCACAGCUGGUAAAGGCAUGGAGCCUUUCUUAAUGGAGGAGGUGAAGAGGAAGCUCGCAGCUGAAAAUGCACUGUGUUGUUAGAUGUUCGCAAAAAUCCCAGUUAACUAACUAGAUGUGAACCUGCUGCGGUGCGUCAGAUCCCAGGUAAAGUGUUGUUCAGUUCCCCUAUGACUAUUGACAGAGUCAGCGAGCUGAAAGCUGCUGAGAGACUCUUCCUCCUGGUGAAACAAGAGCCACCUGUGCGGCUGUCUGCCCACACCAACCCAGCAAAGGCAGCCUCUGUUCUGCAGUCCAGACUGCUGGGUGACAAGAAUCAAUGGACCAGGGCUGCUCUGACAUGGAGUCGCCUGCAGGGGGAGCUAGAACAGAAGAAGAACAGAAUAACCUCUGCCCUAACACCAAGCACUGCCCUGGGAGGGAAGAUGAACAGGGAGGAGGGGAGAGGGGGUGAAGGACAGAGGGAAGAGGAGGAUGAGCAGGGUAUGGAGACUAGAAAAAGAACAGGAGAGCAGAGGGAGGAGGAGAAUGGGAACAGGAGCCUGGGAACUAGAGCACAGACAGUGGAAAAGAAGAGAAAGCGAGAGAAAGAAGAGAGGGAGGCUGAAGGAAUGGGAGAUGUACAGAAAGAGAAGGAGGAAGAGACAAGUGGAGAAACCUGCUUUUUAGAAAAAAAGAGUAAGAGGGAUGAUGAAGAAGAUGAUGAGGAGAGUUGGGGUGCCACUCAAGACUCCAAUAGUGAGAAGAAUGUGGAGAAAGACAAGGCAUCUGAGAGAGAAAGGAAGAGAGAGGAAGAAGACAAGAGGAGAAUAUUUAAUAGUAGACAUGGAGUGAUAUCAGGAACAGAUUUCAAUGGAGGAGGAACAGUCUGGGACCAUGCAACAGCAGGACGACACCACAACGUGGAAAGUAGCGGCAGGAGGAAGGUUGUCAAUGCAGCAAGCUUUGCUGUAAUAAGUGUGGAAAAUGUGAAGUCCACUGGAGGAGGAGGCAAAGCACUACUGCAACCAGAGCUGGCUUUUGCUGUCGCAGUCUCUUUUAGGAUAAGCUGCAAGUGUACUGGAUCGGUGUCCCGAUACUUCAGCUCACAGGAGGUGAGCAAAGUGAUUGGAGUAGGUUUGAGCAGACUGUUGGGCUGGAAGGCUGAUCUGAAGAAUCCACAGCUGGAGGUAAAUGUUUAUUUGAGUGAUGACCACUGCCUACUGGGGAUUCCACUGACCAGGUUACCACUGGCUAACCGGAGCUAUAUUAAAACCACAGGACUGAGGUCUACAGUAGCCUGGGCUAUGGCCUCACUGGCUCAGAUACAGCCAGGUUUCUGUGUCGUUGACCCAAUGUGUGGGGUGGGAACCAUCUUAAUAGAAGCAGCACAGGAGCACAAGGCUACCUGUUUCCUGGGUAUGGACAUUGAUGAUGGACAGCUUCAGAAGGCCAAUGACAAUGUAGAGUUUGCAGAGCUGGGAAACAGAAUACACCUGCUGAAAGCUUCAUCUGUUGUGCUGCCUCUGCCCAGUGGCAGUGUAGAUGCUGUGGUCUGUGACCUACCAUUUGGCAGGAAGUUUGGCACCAAAACAGACAUGGCUGCCAAGCUGCCAGCUAUUGUCAAUGAGAUGGAGAGAGUGCUCUCCAUUGGUGGUACUCUGGUUCUUCUGCUGAGUCCUCAGUUAUCCUAUCUCCUGAAAGAACUCCUGGCACAGAAACACACUGGACCGACAUCUAACCAGGGAACAAAGCUUCAAACUGGAAUACAAGACUCUCCUUCUUCUUUUCUACCUUCAACAAAGCAGCAGAGUUUCCAAAUCCACUACGGAGUUCAGCCCUCAUACACUCGGGAAACAGACGAGCUCUGUCAUGGUCCACUUCCCCCUCUCUCCUCCCUGAAGCAUCAGGCAACUCUGAGAGUCAGCCUUGGUGCGAUAGAUGGACUCAUCCAUAAAUAUGUCAAGAUAGUUGCUUGAUCACUAUUGAUAGAAGCUACAUUUCAAAGUAAAUAAGAUACUUUUCUUUGCUAUUUAUCAUGAAAAAUGAGCAGUCGAACUGCAGCAGUUUGCUAGAACUACUGCAGCAUGUUUUGUUUCCAUAAUGAUUUUUAGUUACAAAUGAUAUUAAAACUAUAUA